AUGGCGCCUCUGGCCGGUGUCUUCGUCUGGGACGGGCAGCGCAUCGAGGAGGAGGAGCUGCAGCGGUCAGCGCAGGAGAUGAAGCACAUGGAGAACAUCUCCAGCCUGUUCCAGGGCAGCAGCUUGAGCGAGUAUCAACGGCCGGAUCCCAAAUCGGAACGAGAGGCCGUGGCCGCUGCCGGGGAACAGCCCUGGGAGAUGAUCAUGGACAAGAAGCACUUUAAGCUCUGGCGGCGGCCCAUCGAGGGCACCCACUUAUAUCAGUACCGAGUGUUUGGGUCGUACACAGACGUGACUCCCCGACAGUUCUUCAACGUACAGCUGGACACUGAAUAUAGGAAGAAAUGGGACUCACUGGUCAUCAAACUGGACGUAAUCGAGAGAGACCUUGCCACUGGCUCGGAAGUGAUUCACUGGGUCACUCAUUUCCCGUACCCCAUGUACUCGCGAGACUACGUAUACGUUCGACGGUACAGCGUAGACAAAGAGAACAACCUGAUGGUACUCGUCUCACGGGCAGUGGAGCAUCCCAGUGUCCCUGAAGACCCCGAGUACGUUCGGGUCAGAACUUAUGAAUCCCAAAUGGUCAUCCGUCCCCACAAAACCUUUGACGAGAACGGUUUUGACUACUUGCUGACCUACAGCGACAACCCGCAGACCGUCUUCCCCCGUUACUGCGUCAGCUGGAUGGUCUCGAGCGGUAUGCCGGAUUUCCUGGAAAAACUCCACACGGCGGCUUUGAAAGCCAAAAAAAUGGAGAUCGAAGUGCGGGACUAUAUGUCUGCCAAACCCCUGGAGAGCUGCGGCGGCGGCGAGGGGAAGGCGAAUAUGGCCACAGCGGAGCACAAGAGCGACGGGACGCGCAGCCCCGCGCAGCUGGAAUACGCCUGA